AAGGAUAAUAAAUUCGGCGGAAUAGUCAUAAAACCUUAUACUGAAAGUACCUCAGCAAUGGGUCAGCAUUUUACAAAAACUGAAAAUAAAUUUCUGGUUGAAUGUCAGUCUCAAUUAUCCCAACUGGAUGGUAUGCUACUUGGCAUUGCGUCUUCCGUAGAUUCUAUGCACAUCACGUUUACGCAACUUCUGCGCCAGCUUGAAGAGUUAAAUCCAGAUAAAACAGAUGGGUUCAAACAAAACCACUUUGACAAUAUAGAGCUGACGAAGAAACUACUGUCCAGCGUUGAGAAUGGUCUUAGUCACCAAAAGACAACGCUGCUACAAGAAAUAAGCCAGUUUGCGCGAAUGAUAAAAAGGGGGUCUGACCCAAGGAAAUCUAUAAGUAACAGCAUCCCAGCAUUAGAUGAUUUGAAGAUAGAUCAUUAUUUAUCGACCGGGAAAGUUCCAGAGGUUUCUGAUAAAAUUAAGAAGGUAGAACAUGUUGAACGCCAUGAACAACCACCUAAAGACAUUGAACGUAAUAUUGCAUCACUGAAAGAACAGAACAGACUUUGUUUGACAAAAAUGAAGACUUUAGAAGAGAAAAGUCAACAACUUAUGAAGGAAAACGAUGAGUUAAAAACCAAAAUCACAAAACUUGAAAACGAAGGCAUUCAGCUAGUGCCAGUUCAGCUCUACUGUCAGAAAAGAAGUGACCAAAUGGGGUUGGCUUUGCAAGAAAUCAUGACUCAGUUAAGUGGGAAGGAGAUAUUUGGAAACACAAAAGUGGCAUUUAUAGUUUGUGAACAGUCGACUGACAUUCAGCCAAACUUGCCUCUACUUGCUUUAUGCUUUAAUGCUUCAAGAAUUGGUACCGAUGCCACUAACGCAAUCCAAGGAAUAAAAAAAUCCGAAAAUACUGCAUUAUUGAUUCUUCAUCACAAGGAUGAACAUGCACUACCAAACCAAAGCAGCGAGAGAGUUUUGGCAGAUCCGGAAUUUAAAUCGUUGGGAGGUAUUUUCGAUAUAGCUUUUCUGGCUGGCAAAGGAAUAUAUCUCUGCGAAAGGAAUACACUUGCCAUUGUUGGAAUUACGACAUUCCUGACAAAAGUGCUGGCAGAAACUCCUCUGAAAAUUAAGACAAUAUAAUUGAUUGAUGGACGUCUGUUGUAAUUCAUAUUAUUUAGACUGUCAAAGUAUCAGUACUUUUCGUUUACAAGUCGACUUGAAAAUUUGCCUUUAUCUUUAAAAAUUAUAUGAAUUGUACUUUGACUUCUUUUUAAUGUCGGGAUUGCCUGUACUGUCAAAAAGAAAAUCAGAAAUAAAAUAUAAAAAGCAAUGAAAA